AUGUUUGGAAACACAGGCUUGCCAUCAAUCUCCUCAAAUAUUGCAAGAGCGGACAAUGAACAAAGAACUUCCAAUACAACUUUUAACGUUCACCCAACAACUUACCUGAACCCCUCCAUUGCUAACAACACAGCCUUAAUAGCAAAUAAGUUGAACGGAAUUCAACACGACUUUAACGCUUCCGCUACGUCGUCUUCGUCCAACAACGAGUCCGCUUCUCCUAAUUCAGUUGCUUCAUACACCGACUCCUCUGUCCAGUCGCCCUCCGCCGCCCCGGAAAAACCAGAGUUUCCGUCUUUGAAGUUUCAUCCUAGGCAGACAACAACAACAGGUCCUCUUCUCUCCUCAGACCUACUAAAUGUUCAAGCCCACAAUCAGAAUCAGCAGUUCAACCACCCCACCCACCAAAACUUGUAUCCCUUGGAUGGAAAUGAUUUGAACGCUCCUUGGAACUCAUAUGACUCGCAGCGUCCCAGGGCAUCCUCUAUGAAUACUACUCCAUUUACAGUCCAAACCUCCUCGUUAAUGGCUACAGGGGUAGGAAAGAGAAAACCCCGCAAGCAGAAACUAGACGACUCAAAUGGGCCAUUCCAGUGCAAGUGGGAAGAAUGUCCUUUAGUUUUUGACGAUGCCAAGGUCUUAUACCAACAUCUAUGUGACUUCCAUGUGGGACGCAAGUGCAACAAGAACUUGUCUUUGAACUGUAAAUGGGACGGUUGUGACGUCUCCACUGUUAAGAGAGACCAUAUCACUUCUCACUUGAGAGUUCACGUUCCCUUAAAGCCUUUUGGUUGCAAUCUAUGUAACAAGAAAUUCAAGAGACCUCAAGAUCUUAAGAAACAUGUUAAGACCCAUGCUGAUGACAAUGAAUUGCAAGAAAUUACUCCUCCUACGGAAUAUAGUGUACAUCAUCAAAAGGUUCCUAUGAGUUUCCCAGAUUCUCGGAAGAGGGCAUUCAAUGAUGUUUUGUCCCAAAAUUUUGGUACAUUCUACGAGGAAAUCAAGAGAUCCAAGAUUCAACCCAUGUACAAUAGUGAUAUUGCUACCAAGCUGAACAGCUUAGGUAAUAUGAUUCCUACAAACCAACCUUUCCAACAACAACAGCAACACUUGCAACCAGGGCUGCCUUAUCACGGCCAUUCUGCUUACAACCAUUCUAAUCAUGGUUCGUUGCAGGAUCAGCACAUGUCUCUCCCAGUACCUCAAAGCUUUCCUCCUACCAACAAAGUUUCCAACAUUCCAACACAACACGAACUCUUUGAGGCUAAUAGUUUCUUUAAUCAAUUGUCGAAUACCAUGGAUCAUACAGCUCAUCACCAAGCUCACGUACAUCCUCAGCCUCUCGAGAAUGCUCAUGUUGAUGCUGAGAACUACAUUGAAGUUCAUGAUGAUCACCACCAUGCCGCCCACAAUCAAGCAUUGUAUCCAACUAUUAAUGUCCCUGGAGGAAACUAUUCUUCGUUCUACCCCCAGAUCAGUAACCGUUAUGAGACUAAUUCCAACUCAAAGAAUAGCAGUAUCAGUGUGAACCAGAAGUCAUCUGUAAAUACUCUUCGAAACUUGACAGGAUUGCUGGACAAACUUGACAUUAACGAGGCUAAUGGUUCUGAGAGUUCCUCAGAUGUUGAAGAUUCUGAACUAUCUACUACCUCCUCCGAUGAGGAAACCGAAGAUAUCAACAUCAACGAUUUCCUUAAACAUAGGCAGUUGGUACAGCUCAUUCAAGAGUACAUUCAAGAUGCUUUGAAGCAAUCCAAGGCUGUGGAACAAUCUGCUACUACGACUAUGAAAGAAGGCAGUUCUUUAUAUCCUACUAUUGUUGUUUGA